AUGGUAGAAGUAUCGUUAACUGUUGGUAAACUUGAUGCUUCAUUAGCAUUAUUGUUGACGAAAGAUCAUCAUUUAAUUGAAUUUCCAACGAUUUUAUUGCCCAAUGGUGUCAGAGCAGGUUCAAUUGUUAAAAUCAAAUGUGACCAGGAUUUAGAAGGCGAAAAGGAAGAACAGAAAGAGUUCCAGACGAUACAAGACGAGAUAUUAACAACGUUUGGUACGAACUUACCGAGCGCCCCUAAUUUAAAAAUUAAGAAUGUUACUCAAACCUCAUGUGUAUUAGAAUGGGAUACCUUGGAAUUGGGAACGGCCAAUUUGAAAAAUUUGGUUCUUUUCAAGGAUGGUAAAAAAUUGGGGGCUAUUCCACAACCCUUGACGAGCAAGACAACAAAGUUAUCGGGAUUAUCGAUCGACCAAACAUUCGAGUUUCAAUUACGAUUGGAUACAACGGCAGGUAUCUAUCUGUCAGCAGUGGUUGAAGUCACGACACAUAAGAUGACGGAUUUAUCUGGUAUCACUGUUUGCUUGGGUGAUAUUUCUGCCAACGAACAAUUCACGGUGGAGGACAUUGAAAAUACAUUGAAGAAUAUGGGUGCUAAUUACCCACCACAAGACAAAAUCAAGGUGGAUACUACGCAUUAUAUAUGUACUAGAGAAAACAAACAGAAUCCUGAAUUUUUGAAAGCAUUUGAUAUGAAUAUUCCAAUUAUUAGACCUGAAUGGUUGAAGGCUUGUGAAAGAGAAAGAAGAAUAGUUGGAGUAAGAGACUUCUAUGUCAAGGAUUGCGUAUUGCCAGAUAUAUUAGCGAAAAACUAUUGGCAAAAGGGAACUCAAAGUACCGCCAGAGCGACAGAAUCCAAUGAGACUGAGCCUAAAGCAGAACAAUUGGACGAAAAUGAAGCUCCUACUGUUGUUGUGGAUGAAGCGGAUGUCAAUAAAGAAGAAGAGAGAAACGAACAAUCUGUGGGAACAUCUGAUUUACCAGAUACAGAGGAAGGAACUAAAGGUACCGAAUCCCUGGAAACUGUUGAUACAGCAAAUGAUCAACUUGAAGAAGUUAAGAUUGAUGAUUCAACCAACAACGUGAAUGCCGAUGAACAAGUUGACUCUGAAACUCAAAAGGAAGAGCAAACAACGAACGAUCCUGAAGAUGUAAACGCCGAUGUUGUAGAGCCCUCUGUAGAAUCUGCAACUAAGGCUGAAGAACCUGAAGAAGAAACGAAGCCAGAAGCAAUAGAACCUUCAGAAGUUUCCCCACCAACAGAAGAAAAGGAAGAAGAUAAUUCUAAGAUAGAUACCAAAGAUACAGUCGAUGAAUCAAAUGAAAAUGAACCAAUGAUGGAUGAGAUUAAAUUAGAAGAUAAGGAAACGCAAAUAAAUGAUGAACCUAAUGCCGAAAGCAAAGAAACAGAAACAGAAGCUUCAGAAAAGAUAGAACCAACGGAGAAAGAAGAAUCCGUAGAACCUGGAAACACUGAAACUGAAGGUGAAGGUGAAGGUGAGGGCGAGAAUGAGGCAGUAGGUCGGGAAGAUUCGAAUAAUGCUUCUACUUCAACAAAUAAAAAAAAGAAGAAGAACAAUAAGAAGAAAAAUAAGAAGAAACAGAAUAUUUCCUAG